CCCCCCCCGGUUGCUCCGUGGAAAAGUGUCUGAGCUUCGUUUCUGAUUCCGGCUUCCCACCGAUUUGCGGUCAGCACUUCAACCUGUAAGAUCUUUCCUUUAUCGAACGUGGCCCGACGUAUCUUCUCCCAAAAAGAAAAGGCCUCUCACUGCCCGUGGUACCCCCGGCCAACCUCCUUCUCAAGUCGCUUGCUCCACUAACUUGCUUCUGCUUGUCUUCGUGACGCCAGUUAUCCUCCUGUGUCGCUCAAGCCAUCCCUGCCACCCCCCUCAGGCCAAUCCUCCCUUUCCCACUCUACAGUGUUCCCGAAUUUCUUCUUCCACCUCACAUCCACACACUCCCAACAGCCAACCACCGCCGGCUCCGCUUCCCUUCCAUUCCGACCGUGCAGCCUUGACCAAUGUCCUCUCCAUGUCAAACCCGCCGCCCGUUCCCGAAGACAACUUGCCUGACCCCCUGGUGACACCUGCCACGCCUGCCCAUCAUGAUUGCUCGAAGAGGGCCGAGCGAGCGCGGCCGAACCCACGUCACCACUCUUCGCAGGACCAACACUUGUCCCAGGGGGCUCAACAGGAGCAAUCCCCAUCGCGUGCGGAAUCCCCCACAACUACCCAUCAAUGGUCCCAGCCCGGCUCAACCUUGGCCCUAAAAAGGGCGCCGACGGUCCCGCUGGAGAAAUUCCCCCGUUCCGAGACUACUUACAGCCCACAACUGUCCGAGAGAGAUAGUAUCUUUGCGACGCAUUAUCUCCCCUCGGACAGCGCCGCAACUACCCCACAAUUUCCCCCCCAAAUUCCAUCCGACAAUGAGCGCCAGGUCAACUUGAUUCCUGGUCUGGAUGAUGUGUCUGGGUCUCUAGGUCCUCUCUCCAAGGUCUCUCCCCACCGUUCUCACGUCGACCCUUCCCACAUGGAAGUUGACGUCCGCAGACACAUCCCAUUGCGCUCCUCUUCCCUCUUCUCCCCGGCCGAUGUUACCCGUUUGUCUCGGCUGCGCUCGUCUAUCUCGUCCACAGACUCAGUGAAAGACAAAGGGGGGCAGACCGGAGUUCAGUCGCGAUUGCCCGGGCCAUUGGAUGUAUCAGGUACGAAACCAAGUGGCUCACAAAGUUCCCUGGCUGAACGCAGUCUUCUCCCAUCCGUAUUAGACGAUGUCUCCCAGUCACCACAGUCUCUGACCUCCCCUGCCCCCGGUCAGGACUGGCCGACGGUGAGCUCGGAGGCAGCAGCUCAUACUCCACGGGCAGACUCAUCUCGGGGCAUCGCGCUGGACCGGAGCUCAAACAGAAGUCAUCGAGGUCGUGUGGACAGUUCUAUUGAAGCAGAUCUCAGCAACGUAGAGCCAGCUUCUCACGUUCGCAGCCGUAAGUCUAGUCACUACCUGGGCUUGUUUAAAGAAAACACCACCUCGCCCGACCGCAAACGAAGAGAGGACCGUGCACAACAGCACGAUGAGACAUCCGAGCAGACCGACCGUACCAUGGAAAUUGAACACCCGGCCUUACGCCUAAUGGCAGAGGAGGAUGGGUUGCUUCGGAAAAGCAUCUCCCUUCCUUCAUUAGCUGACGGACCUACCUUUGACCCUCCACAGUCGGCCGAAUUUAGUCGCCAGAAAGAGGAUGAUGAGCUUGAUAAGCGUCGCCCACCAGUUUUGCCGCACAGUCUUUUAGAGGAAAUUCGAAACUUCCAUCUCACGCCCGGUGGGGGCCGAGGUUCUUCCUUCUCUAAGAGUAUCCCGACGCAGUAUGCUGAACGUGGUCGAGACUAUUUCCAGAAAGAGCCUCACGUUGACCGGUUUUCCGAGUCAUUGAGUUCUCUUGAAGAGGAAGAACGUCACGCGUCAGAACGAUUCGAGGAUGAAGAAGAGGAGAAUGAGCAAAUUUCGUCUGCUCUAUACUUCCCGCACGAACGAAUUGCAGUUUCCGAAGGAGUUGAAGGCGCGCAGCCUUUAGUGGCCGACCCCCAUGGUGCACACCCGGUGCAGCUCUCCGCUGCGGAGAAGGGCCAUGAGCUCAUGUUAGUCUCCCAGGGGCGAAGCGCUUCCCCUGAGCAGGAAGUCGGCCAUGUGGAUAUCUCCUUCCGAUCUAAAACGGAAAGUAAGACGCUUUACGGCGAGCUUGGAGACAUUCGACAUCCCCCUGAAGGCGUGCCGGAGAAGCCUCUAACUACGAUUUCCGAGCGCACGUAUGAGUCUACUUGCGAAUCCGAAGCCCCGUCAGCGGACGAAAGUGGGUUAUCCGUUCACGACGAAUCGAGUCUGACUGAUGACGCGGAGUUGACGCCAACGGCAACUCCGACUCAGCGCUCUCGGUUUACCCCUAAACCCAAGCGCAAGACUCCUGCUCCUCUGGGAGCAGUGGAGCUCAAGCCUUACCGGCAUCAGGUUGGCGGUCAUACCACCGUUUUCCGUUUCUCUAGACGUGCUGUUUGCAAGCAGUUGAAUAAUCGAGAAAAUGAAUUUUAUGAACGCAUUGAAAGAAGACAUCCCGACAUGCUAGUGUUUCUCCCAAGAUACAUCGGGGUUCUCAAUGUAACAUUCUCGAAGACUUCCAAGCGCCCCAAGAAUCGUCCGGACCAAGCUCAUGACGCAUCCGAGGCAAUUCAUACUAACGGGACCGCGUCGAAAUCCCAAGCCCUCGAAGCUCCCGAGCCCCAGCGGAUUGUAAGCCAGAAGCAAGUGACUGGCGUAAUUCCUAAAGUCAUCCUUGAGAAUAAUAGGCAUAUCAUACCAGCUGAUCUUUUCUCUCGAACCCACCGACCGCGCCUGAUAGAUGAUACAAUGCUGGGGCGACCUCGCUCGGCCGACGGCUUGGGCAAGCUAUCGACCGAAUCCGAUCCAUCCCUGAGAAAACGGAACAAGAUUUGGGGAGCAACCACGGUCAACAGACAGCUGCAAGAGCAAGUUCUGCGGGAAGUCUUCAGCCCACCAGCGAUUCAUCAGCAUCGACGUCAUGCCCGCGGGCACCUUCAGCUACCCCGAGCUUCUUCUGAUAUCUCUCGUCGCCGCGGAAAUUUGUCGGAAGAUCACACGGCCAGCAGCCGCCCCUCUCCCCUCACCAAGAUGGAUGCUCCCCAAAGUCCCGCAUUGAACAUCAUAUCACACUCCGCCGAGGGCCAGACUCUUUCAUCGUCUGCCUCUACUGCCCUGGAAGAGAAUCGCAAUCGACUCGAAAGGGUGAAAACGCAAGAACAGCCGAAUCGGUCGAACUCUCUCAACAGAGGCCAGCAGGUACGACGGCGUCACUCGGGGGGUGGCCUCCAACGACGAGGAAGUCUCAACUCCCACAACACUGGCGAUCUCAUGUUUUUCGAUGAUGAAGGUUAUGGUGGCGAUAAAGAGGAUGAAAUCUUCUCGAUGGAGGGCGAUGCCCUGGUUUCCCCCACGGAGCCCUCAGCGAUGAAGAGUUCAUCCUCUCCCUCUUCGGAGAGUACGUCGAUCAGUGAGCAAUAUUCUACGGGUUUACCAAUUCGAGGAUCUCCUGAGACUCCACGCACUACGGUCAAGGAUGACGACGAAGACGUCGGCACCCAUCUUCCUAGCAAUCCCAAGGAGGCCCAAAUGAGGAAGGAUGAACGUGUUCAAUUUUUCCUUCUCCUGGAAGACCUCACGGCGGGUAUGAACAAACCAUGCGUUCUUGACCUCAAAAUGGGUACUCGGCAAUAUGGUAUUGAGGCAACUGAGAAGAAAAAGAAAUCUCAGAGGCGCAAAUGUCAGUCGACAACCUCACAGCAACUUGGUGUUCGUCUUUGUGGUAUGCAAGCCUGGAACGUCAAGAAACAAGAGUACAUCUUCGAAGACAAAUACUUUGGUCGAGACUUGAAGUCUGGCCGGGAAUUCCAGGAUGCCCUUACCAGAUUCCUCUUUGAUGGGGUCAGCUACACCAGUGUCGCUAAGAAGAUACCGAUAAUCCUUGAGAAACUAUCUCUCUUGGAGCAUAUGAUCCGGAAGCUGGAUCGUUACCGCCUCUAUGCCAGCAGUCUAUUGAUUUUGUACGAUGGGGAGCAGGCGACACCCCCGCAAACUCCUAGUCAACCAGGCGAACCACGUCCGCCCCGCGGUCGGGCAUCCGAGGAUGGCCAUAACAAUUUUGACGUUCAGCUCAAGAUCGUUGAUUUUGCCAAUUGCGUGACUGGCGAAGAUGAACUUCCACCAGACACGCCCUGUCCACCCCAACAUCCUCAAGACAUUGAUCGGGGAUACCUGCGUGGUCUUCGAACUUUACGAAUGUAUUUCCAACGGAUCAUGAGAGAGAUCACACAAGACGAGUUUGUUGAACGAGGCGAGGGCGAAGCACUUGCGCUCGGUUCCCAACCCGCCGUCCGUGAAUCUUCCUCUGAUCAGUUUUGGGAUGAGAACGUGAUGGAGCUCGAUGCGGGUGAAGUUAGCUUCUAAGUUCCCCGAUCCCACGAUCUAUGUCUCCAUUCUUCUUCUGCUUUUUCUACGUCCAUCUCACUUGUUUUAUGAUUCGGCACUUUCCUCCAGUUUAUGGCGUUUGGGGGAUAGACAAUGUGUCCCAUAUCUGGAAUUCCCCUUCUGAUUUCUGCUCGACUUUAUAUGUUUCCUUCACAUUCUUGUCCUUCGAUUAACGAGGAACCUACGAAUAACGACCCCCACGGAUGCUUCGAUGACCCCCUUAUCAAUGCCUGAAAUGCAUUUAGAAUCCCGGCUGGCAUUUUUCUGAACGCUUCUUUUUCCCGUUUCUUCUUCAUCUUUCUCUCGAUCUUCUUCAAACUUCGGUUCUCCCGACUACGUGUACCCCACUAGUCGUCUGUGAUUCCCCCUUUCAUAACUCGGUUCACUUCUCGGUCUUGUUUUAUUGAUAAUACCCGGCCAUCGGGCUAUCGGUUGAUCUUCUAGCAAUCCGCGGGGCUGGCGCCAGGUUUCCGGUGUUGUACAUGAUAAUCGUUAGGAUUAGAAAUUAAAUCAAUUACUUAUUACUUGA